CACGCGUGGCUGGACCUGUUCGGGUACGGGCCGGCGCAGGCCACGCAGACUAAUUGUGCCUCCAACGUGUGGCUGGCGGCCGGAGCGCAGAUUUUGCUGCUGGUCGCGGUGACGCGUUCCAUCGCGGAUGAGUGGGACUUGGACGGCCGGCAGCGGGGGCUGGUGGUCGCCGUCGUGUUCCUCGGGAUGUUCUUCGGCAACCUGCUCGGGGGGUUUCUCGGGGACACGCUGGGCCGGAAACCCGUGCUCAGCAUCGCCUACCUCUCCGUCUUUUUCGUUUCGCUCCUGUCCGUGAUGAGCAAAAGCUACUCGCUGCUCGUCUUUUUCCGCUUCCUCAUGGGCGUCGCGUUCGGCAUCGGGCAGCCCGUCGCCACGGUGUUCAUCUCCGAGGUCGUGCCGACGGACUGGCGCGCCACGGUGGUUUUGACGCAGUGCAGCUUCGCGGUGGGGGAGCUCUACGCGGCCUUCCUGGUCUGGUGGGACGAUGACAACAUGCUGCAGCUGGAUUGGCGCGCGCUCACCAUUCUCGGAACGUACCUGUGGUCAUGAUGUCUGUCAUUCGAUCUACAACACUUCAAGAGCCUGAUCUUCGGAUGCAAUCUAAAAACGCUUGUGACAAAUUUCCUUGCAAAUAAUACCUCGUGAAAUUUUUUUCAAACAGUCUUCCCGCCUUUUUCGCCAUCGUCUACGGAUACCUCAACCUGCAGGAGUCUCCGCGCUGUUACGAUGUGUGAAACAAAUCUACACGACAAUAGUACACCAUGCGUUGCGCGUCAGAUGACUGAGGAUCAAAGAAUGUUCCAUGUCAGUACAAGCAACUUCCGUCAUUCGCAGUGGAAAAUGGACAACAACAUUUGAAGUUUUCCGAAGUAAAAGCAUGUGUGACAGAAAAGCAAGAGCUAUCGUUGAGUACAAGAAUUUAUUGGAAACUAUUGAAAAUUUUUGUUUUCCUUUUCCCCACCUGCAUACUCUGCUCGCUUACCACAACCGGCUGGGCGAGGCGAGUGAGGCGCUGAACUACUUCCGGGACAUGAACCGGCCAAAUUUCGGCAUUCCCGACAUGGGCAUGUGCCGCUUGGUCGGCGUGGAUCAGAAGGCGCUGCGGAUCAAGAUCCAGAAGCCCCGCUCGCUCUUCGACGACAACCCGCAGCUGCACGUGCUCGGGGGAAUGGACGAGGGACGGAAAAACAACAACACCACAACGCGGUCGCAGCCCGGCAGCAUGCUUUACUUCCACGAUCCCAGAAGCUCAGAUUUCCUGACACGGAGCGUCAACCGGCUGUAUGGUAGGAUGCUGAUUUUUUGUACUUUCCGACCUUGUCAUUAUGUUUCUACUACCGGUACCGAGUAGCUGAUCCCGGUGUCCUGUUUCUUGCUAAAAGAAAAUCACUAGGCGCGUUUCAACCACGAGCAUGGUGCAUGCAGCUGGAUUCCUGCUCCUGCGCCUUCUUUAUUUCGGUUUCUGAUGCUAUCUUUUGUUCGACACUUGUGUGGCCUUUUCCGGGCCAUUCGCAUUCAAGGACUGCAACUUCGACAACAAUGAAGUGCUUACCGCAAGAUCCUCUCAACACUACAUCACCAGGCACUCUGACGCAGUACGCAACGUCGUCCAGUUCCUCGAUUGAAGGGGAAGAUGAGGCAGGGCACCGGCAUAUGCUCGACCCGGCGCUGAAGAAAAGAAUCAACGCCGCACGCCGAAACAAAUCUGCAGCUUCCCAGCAAGCGAUGCGGAGUGGCGAGGGCUCGGCCGGGGAGUCCGCGUCUUCGGUCGAGAUCGUCGAAGAUUUGGAAAAUGACAACGACAUGGAGGCUGCCCUCACGCAGAUGAAGCAGCGCAUGCUGCACGUGCUGGCGGGGUACCACGGCGACGCACGAGCGAGCGGCCGCGUGAUCACAACCGAUGGCACCGCGUCGCAGCCGCUAGCAGUCGGCGCGGGAGCUGCUGCUUCGCGGUCCACCUACAACAACCUCCGGCCCACGCGCUCGGUUCCGUUCGCGCAGCGCUUUGUAAGCGCGGCCGCACAGCAACCGGACACAGGGGAUGCCUCGUCCGACGUGCCGACGGUCAUUUCGUCGGCACGCCCGUCCUCAGUGCGAACCGUGGAUCCGCGUCCGCUGCACGUCAUUGGAGGUAACCACGACCCGCUAUGAAUGAAAUGACUUCAUCAGCAGCGUCUCCUGUUAGUGUGAUUCAAUAGUGUACCAAAUAACAUCAAAAAUCUCCGGUCGCGAUCGUCAAUCUUUCUAUUUCGAUUUUGUCGUACAAAAAUAAAACUGCAACGAACGUAACACGAAACGUUGACGUCGCUAACAUCAAGCUGCACCUUGACCACAGGUACGUCAGCGCGGUCCGACCCGCAGCUGCAGCAAAACCCGACGCAGCCGUACGGCCCGCGCGAUGGCGUUUCGCGGUCGGUGGCCCUGGCGUCGUCGCAACGGGAGGACUUGGACGGGCACCCGAACACGGAGUAUGGGCGCCCUUUGUUUUACUUUUACGGUGAGGAUGAACAACAGGAGUCCGAUGUUGACAGCUCGGGGAAUGAGCAGGUGCACGACACGCUCCUACACAGCGCCGCCGACAGCGCCCGAGACCCAGCACAGCGUGCCGUGGACCAGCUGCUCCAGCGAGCUGCUGGAGAAGGAGCCGGCGCUACAAUCAGCAACAAUGAACUGGUUGGAAACACCCAGCUGGACCUGUCCGGCCGGGCCCAGCAGCUGACCCACGACCUGAUCGCGAACGCGGCCGUCGGUAGUAGAGCGGCAUCGAACGAGUUGAUUGCCAACAGCGAGUUGGACCUGAGCGGGCGCGAACUGCAGUUUAUGCACCAACUUUUGGAGCACGCGGAGGCCCGGCUGGAUGUGAACGCGUCCUUGACGGACAACGUGGUCCAGGAUUUGCUGUAUUCGGUGAACCGCGUGGGGCAGGUCUUGGAUCAACUGCAGAGCAGCUCGUCUAGCGAUUAUCCGGGUCGGUCUUUCCGCCUACCGGGGCAGAUCUUGGAAGGGGCGCACCGCUCGGAGAAGGCCGCAAAAGUUGCGACUGUUGUCGCAGAGGGCGAAGCGGCGGGACCGGGAGAAGGUGCAACGGUGGACGAAGACGUGGUGGAAGAAGCUGCAGCGACGUCGGCGGCAGGCAAUAGAAGCGCUGCUGCCGCGCCAAAACAGGUCGAGGCGGAGGGCGAGGCGGCAGGGGGCGCUGAUGAACUACAGGGGUCGCUGGCGGUCGUCGAGGAGAGCGCCGGGGCCCCUGCCGCCCCGGUACAACAGCCAGGUGCUCCGCCGGAACAACAAGUAGACAUAGUGGUUGAGAGCCCGCCAUCGCCAAUUCAGCAGAACAAGGACGCAGGCCAGCUCGUUGCGAGCGAAGAAGUGGUCCAAGACGGCGCAGCUAGUGGCGCUCUCGCAGUGGGUGAUGUUCUUGAGACUCCAGCGCCGGAGGAAAAUCUGCCUUUCUGGUGGCGUUGCCAGAUCGAGGUGUACGAGCCCAACGAGGACCUGUUUUACACGCACGAGAAGUGGUCCUUCCGCAGCAACACGUCGGAUUUGCACCUGCCCCCGGAUUUGUCAGCCGAGAACCCGCGGAAAAAGAUCGGCAUUUGCUGCGGGCUGCUGACCACGCGGUACUGGCCGAUCACGAGUUUCCUGUGCUUUCUCGCCUUCGUGGUGAAUUUUGGGUUUUACGGGUUCAUGUACGCGGCGCCGCAGAACAUGUCGGACGUACAGGAGUCGCUGUGGAUCCGGCCGGGGACCAGCCUGAUGGUGGGCGCGUUUGUGGACUUGCUGGGCUGCAUCGCCGGCACCAUGUUCGUCUCGCGCAUGACGCGGAAGGCGGGCGUGUGUGUCUACUUGAUGUUGGCUUUUCUCGGGGUGCUCCUGUUCCUCACCGCGUUGUCGUUUUCGCCCGUGAACCCCUACAAGAUCAUCGUCGACGAGAAGAAGGGCGAAAAAGGCCGCCUGCUGUCCUUGCUGCAAAACCGGGGCCUGGAGGUGCUCACAGCAGAAGAUCAAGUAGUCGACCAGAGUGCUGCUGCUGCAGAUGACAGUGCAAGAACUGUUGCCAGUUCAUCUCGUUUUGGCCCUGCUUCCACAAAUAAGAACGCGAAGAUUAUCGACUUCAACACAGCACUGGGAACCACUAUCAUCUACAGUAAGCCUCCUCCGGCGCCCGUCACCCAACGAGAGGAGGUUGAGACCACAAGAGGCAGUGGUCCAUCUUCAUCAGCCACGAACCUGCACCAACAUGAUCCGAGCCCCUUUCUGUCUUUCCUCGACCUGCGGCCCGAGAGCAACGCGGACUUGGGUGCGGAUACGGACUUCGGAACCACCCUGAUUUGGGACAGGCGGGGAGACAACCAGCGGAAGCAGAGUUCCGCGUGGAACAAGCUAGCGCAACAGGAAGCUAAGCCUGACAGCGACGCGCACAACCAAGUUGUAGGCGGUGGUCGUGGCGUUGACAGAGAGCACGGUGUUGAUCAUACAUCUCAGCUGCAGAAGAACAGAAUCUCUCUGUUGGAAGUGCCAAAAAAUACAGGCGGCACGACUCCUAGCACUCUACUUCGAGGAAUUCAAGAUUAUCCCACCGACGAUGCAGAUGUAGAUGUUCCACAGGCCGCACCGGUAGAGCUGCAAGAGCUUCAGCAGCUCUCAGACAUCAACUUUGACCGCCUUCACGCGCGCAACGCCUUCGGCCGCAACGGACCGGCGGGGCUGGGGCAAGGAACGUACAUGUUUCUCCAGGAAGAGAUGGUGGCGAACAGAAAGAGUGGCGCUCUCUCUGCCGCCGAAGCGGAGGAAGACGAUUCCGUCGGUUCCGAAAUGCUCUACAACGACGAGGAUGAUGAAGAGUUGUCUCAAGUAGACGAAGCUGCUGCAGCCGCACAAGCUGAGGUCGAUCCCGAAAAAGCGUCGGAGCUGCGCGAAGACGUGAAGAGCCUGAACCUGAUCCAGCACCAGCAGGACGAGGAGCAACAGCAGGGUCUGGCGGCCGAAGAUGACGAACGACAACGAGAGCAGCAGCGGGAUGAGAAUCGUCAGAUCAGUUCUUCUGUUCGGCGGUCGGAUGAACAACAAGAGCAAAAUCAAAACUACGAUCCAGACGGCCCGGAGGUGCACGCCAUGGCGAACGCGUACAGACGGGAGACGGCGCUGGACCGCAUGGAGAACGACGAAGACAGGCAAGACUUGGCCGGACGCAGGUCCUACAAGUCGGAUAAGCACCACGACCCGGAACAGGAAGCGGAGGCAAGAAAGGAGGAGGAGGCUGACGGAGAGGACAGCGCCGGCGAGGAGGCGGACGAAGAGGAUUCGUCUGCUCCGGGCGGCGAACGGGAACUACAGGAGGGCAAAAAAACCGAGGGCGGAAGUGGCACUGCUUUCUAUCCUCGUAGAAAAAAUACAGCUAAGCGACCUCGAUCGGGCUGAGUGUUGCAUUUUAUGGUUUUGAUGAGAAAUGAAAAAAGUAAAAGAAAUACUGGGUUCUUUGUUCGUCAUCGCCCAUGAUCAACACUGAGCAUUUAUGACUCAUUCAGCUCACAACCAAGGAAGGUUCUGCUUUUGCUAGUAUUCCCUUCUGCAGGAAGAUUUAGAUUUUCCUGAGUUUUCUGCAGCCGCAGCGGAGCAUCGAGCCGGUGAACUUGGACAAAUGAAGUCGGUUCGGAGCCACCAAAAAGAGCCGCGCGUCCGUCUCGCUCCGUCCUCCAUCACCACCUCUGAUUUUGAAGUUGGCCUGGCGUCCGGUUUGGGAGCCUCCUUUACUGGCCUCAACACCGAGGAGGCCUUUGUCGGUCGGGCGCGGGCGUCCUUGUUGCACAAGGCCGACGAGAUGAAGAACACGAUGAAGAAGCGGGCCCCAGGCACCAGACAGCUGAACCUACUUCAGCGACAGGGACAGGCGCCAGCCGCAGCGGCUGGUGGAGGGACAUCAACUGCAGCUGCAGGAGGUGCGACCGCUAGUGCCGCGAGCACGAAUGGAACCACUAACAGCUCGACGAUCGGGCAGUACUACGCUAGCGCGCGGGCGGGCGCCGCGUCGCUGGGGAGCAAAAUCGAGCACGGGGCGUACGCGGUUGGGUACAAAACGAAGGAGGUCGCGGACUACGCCAUAGACGGGGCGAAAAACGUCGGGGGCCACAUCCGCGAGGCCACGCGGCAGGAAUUCGUGGAGCCGGACCCGGAUACUGAGGAGAUCGACAACCGGCCGUUUCAUUUGGAGUGGCUCCUGCAGCUUGGCUUCAUCGUCUCCAAAUUCUCCGUACAUCUCGGGUUCGCGGUGCUGUACGUUUUCAGCUGCGAACUGUACCCGACGGAAAUCCGCACCUGCGGGGCGGCCACCUGCAUGGCCGUCGGCCGUUUGGGGGCCCUGUCCGCGCCGAUCGCCUACGAGCUCUGCAUGACCAUAUGGCCACUGUACCUGAGUUUCGUUUUUUUAUCUUGAGAGCGCAAGGAUCUGACGAUUUUGUACUAAAACCUGUCACCCACACUCUCACUGUAUCUUCAACUCCGCACGAAAUUUUUGAGUGUUUUUUUACGAGAUGUUGGAGUGGAUGUCUAGAAAAAAAAAAUAUUAUAGAACUUCUAAAAACGCUAUAGAGAUUCUCACGCAUAGACAUUCUGACUCUCAUAGAUGUUCUCGCUGCUCUUUGUUGAAAACAAUAAUUGGCACACGGUGCGCGCUUCGGAUUUUUGUUUUGGAGGGGCGCGGGCGUCCUCUCGUAUUCUGCCUGCGCUUGGCGCCGGGAAAAUGGCAUUGCGCCUACCGCGCGCGCUUCCCUAGGCGCCGUCGCUGACAGUGGUGAUGGUAUGCGCGUGCCCAUUCUGUAUUGCUCUGUGGCCGGGAGAAAAAUUUGGAGCGCCGCGCGCACGCAGACACCCUGGCCCGAGCAGGGGGCGGAUGCUUCCUUAUUUCCUUUUGCUAUCAGGGGCCGGCCGAAAAAAAAUUUUCGCGCGCGCCGCGCCCACUCAGGCGCGCGCCAUGACCGGGCAGGCGUAGAGGCCCUUCCCUAUGCGUGCCCGGUAGCCGCGCGCUUGCCGAGAAUUUUUUUUCGUGCACAGCGCAUGCGCAAGCGCUUUGGCCUGAGGGCGUGGAAGGUAUUCUUUCGUGUCCGGAAACCCGGGGCGGGCCGGAAAAAUAUUCUGCGAGCGCGCGCUGCGUGUGCGCAGACGCCUUGGCGGGGGGGCGCGGAGCGAAUGUUUUUUGCGCGUCCAGCAGCGAGGGCGGCGCGCCGGAAAAAAAAAAGUUGCGCGCGCGCGCAUGCGCAUGCGCCCCGACCUGAAGGCGCGGAAGCCUUUGGUCGUUCCCAGCUAUCGAGGGCCGCCCGAUCGAAAAAAGUCUUUCGCCCGUUGCGCGCCCGCAGACGCCUUUGCCUGUCUGAGGGCGGUUGGGUUUUUUUCGCGUCCUCCAGGCGGGGCCUCGGCGGCAAAUAUUUGUCGUGCGCUCGCUGCGCGCGCGCAGGCGCCUCGGCCUCGGGGCGCGGAAGGUUUUCGGUGCGUUCGGCAGUCGGGGGCCGUCCGGGAAAAAGUUUGCGCGUGUUGCGCGCACGCAGACCGCCCUGGCCUUGGGUGAGCGUGGGAGGGAGGUGCCUCUCCAUGGCCGGCUAAAAGGCGUUGACCGGAAAAAACCUCGCGUGGGUGCGCCGCGCGCAUCCUCACCAUGUACGGCGUCAGGGUGUGGGCUGUUUUAUUUUUUUCGCGCCCCGCGAUCGGGGGCCGGCCGGUAAAAAAUUUUCCGCGCGCACAGCGCGCGCACGCCUUGGCCCGAGGGUGUAGAAGAUCUUUUGCUCGCCCGGUGGUCGGGGGCUUGUCGAGAAAAAUUUUUCGCGAGCCGCGCGCGCACAGUAGUUUUCUUUUGGCCCACAGGCGAGGAAAGUCUUUUCCGCAACCGGGCGCCAGUUGAAAACAAAUUUUCGCGCGCGCGCGCCUGCGCGCGCGUCUUCCUUGGCCUGAGGGCGUGCGUAGACGCUCUUUUUCACGCCCGGCGGGGGUCGGGGGCCUGUCGAGAAAAAAUUAUCGCGCGUUGCGCGCGCGCGGGCACAUUAGUUUUCUUUUGGCCCGUAGGCGAUGAAAUUUUUUCUCGCAACCGGGGGCCAGCUGAAAAAAAAUUUUCGCGCGCGCGCGCGGAGCGCGCGCGUCUUCCUUGGCCUGAGGGCGUGCCUGGGCGCUCUUCUUCACGCCCGGCGGCCGGGGGCCUGUCGAGAAAAUAUUUUCGCGCGUUGCGCGCGCGCGGGCACAUUAGUUUUCUUUUGGCCCGUAGACGAGGAAUUUUUUUUCCGCAACCGGGGGCAAGCUGAAAAAAGACUUUAGCGCGCGCGCGCGCCUUCCUUGGCCCGCGGGCGUGCGUGGAAGGUUUUCUUCUCACCCGGAGGUCGGGGGCUUGUCGAGAAAAAAUUUUCGCGCGCUGCGCGCGCGCGGACGCAUUAGUUUUCUUUUGGCCCGUAGGCGAAGAAAUUUUUUUCCGCAACCGGGGGCCAGCUGAAAAAAAACUUUAGCGCGCGCGCGCUGCGCGCGCGCGCCUUCCUUGGCCCGAGGGCGUGCCUGCGUGGAAGGUUUUCUUCUCACCCGGAGGUCGGGGGCUUGUCGAGAAAAAAUUCCCGCGCGCUGCGCGCGCGCGGACGCGUUAGUUUUCUUUUGGCCCGUAGGCGAGGAAAUUUUUUUCCGCAAGAAAUUUUGUUUCCGCAACCGGGGACCAGCUGAGAAAAAAUUUUCGCGCGCGCGCACAGCGCUCGCGCGCCUUCCUUGGCCUGAGGGCGUGCUUGGAAGGUUUUCCUCUCACCCGGAGGUCGGGGGCUUGUCGAGAAAAUAUUUUCGCGCGCUGCGCGCGCGCGGGCGCAUUAGUUUUCUUCCGGCCCGUAGGCGAGGAAAUUUUUUUCCGUAAGAAAUUUUUUUCCGCAACCGGGGGCCGGCUGAAAAAAAACUUUAGCGCGCUGCGUGCGCGCGCGCGCCUUUCUUUGCGUGGGUGAGUCAGUGGCUUGAGACUUUUUUUCACGCCCGGCGGCCGGGGGCUUGCUGGAAAAAAAAUAUCGCGCGCUGUGCGCGCACACAUGUUGGCCAGGGGGCGCGGCGAGGUGUUGCUUGCACCCGGCAACCGGGGCUGCCGGAAGAAAUAGAGCAAAUUUUCGCCACCGCCCCCUGCCCGCCCGCAGGCGCCGGCCUUGGUCUGCGGGCGGGCGCGGAGGUUUUUUUCGCGCCGCCCCCUCGGGGUCUUGCCGGGAAAAUAUUCGCGGCGCGCAGGCGCCUUGUUCUGGCGCGCUUUUGCUUGCGUCCGGCGUCCGGGCAGUCCCGGAAACGACUUUCGCGCGCCGCGCGCGCGCAGCCGCCUUAGCUUGAGAUGGGCGCAGAAAGUUUUUCUUCAAUAUGAGGAAAGCUGUUCGCCUGCUAGCAAGGUGAUGACGAUGGUGAUGAAUCGCGCGCGGCUACCGGGUGUUGGCCGGAAAAAAACUUACCGCGCGCUGCGUGCGCAUAGUGGCCGUGGCGUUAGAGGGUGGGCGGGGCCGCUUCUUUCGUGUCCACGAUUGGGGGUUUGCCGGAAAAAAAAUUCCGCGCGCUCCGCGCGCGCAAGCCUUUGUGCGGAGCCUUUCUCUCCGCCCGGCAUUCGGGGGCGGGCUGGCGAAAAUUUUUCGCGCGCGCGCGCGCACAUGUUGGCCCGGGGGCGCGGUUGGGGACUUUUUGCGGACCCGCCCCCCUUCCGGGGCCGGCCCGGCUGAAAGAAAGAAUAAAGUAAAUUGUUCGCGCGCUGCGCGCACGCAACCUCCUUGGCCUCCGGGCCCGGGGCGUUUUUUUCGCGCCUAGCAGCCUGCGGCCGGCCUGGAAAAACUUUUUGUGCGUAACUUCCUUGGCCUGCGGGCCCGGCCGGAGUGUUUUUUCCGCGUCCAGCCUUUCCUUGGAGGCCCGCAGGGGAAAAAAAAUUUUGCGCGCUGCGCGCACGCAGGCACAUUGCCCCGGGGGCGCGGGGCGUUUUUUUCGCGUCCGGCCGUUGCUGGCUUGCCGGUCGGAAAAAAAGAUCGCGCACUGCGCGCACGCAGGCAGACUGGCCCGGGGGCGCGCACGCAGGCAGACUGACCCUUAUGCCUUACCUGCAAAGAGCAAGGGCCUCGCCGUCCUUUUUUCGCAUCUUUUCACUGUAGGUGAGCGCCCAGCUCCUCGGGGGGCCUAAGCGUCCGGCUUCUCGUAGCCGGAGAAGCUGGACUUCCAGCUUCUCGUAGCCGGAGAAGCUGGCCUUCCAGCUUCUCGUAGAGCCGCCCGGGGAAGCUGGACUGUCAGCUUCUCGUAGAGCCGGGGAAGAUGGACUUUCAGCUUCUCGUAGAGCCGGGGAAGCUGGACUUUCAGCUUGUCGUAGAGCCGGGGAAGCUGGGCUUUCAGCUUCUUGUAGAGCCGGGGAAGCUGGACUUCCAGCGUCUCGUAGAGCCGGGGAAGCUGGGCGCCCAGCUUCUCGUAGAGCCGGGGCAGCUGGACUUCCAGCUUCUCGUAGAGCCGGGGAAGCUGGACUUCCAGCUUCUCGUAGAGCCGGGGAGGCUGAGCUGCCGGCUUCUCGCAACCAGGGAAGCUGGACUGUUAGCUGCUCGGAGCAGGAGUGCUGGCGUUCUGGCUGCCAGAAUCUAGAAGCUAGAUUUCUAGAUUUCUAGAACCUAGAAAUCUAGAUUUCCAGACUUCUAGAUUUCUAGAUUUCUAGAAAUCUAGUUUCUAGAUUCUUGGCCGCCAAAGUCUAGAAACAAAUCUAGAGGCUACGGAACCCAGAACCGCUAUCCCAAUAGACGUUCUGGGGUCAGAAGCUCUAUUGCAAUAGACGUUCUGACUCCAGAACCUCUAUUGUGAUAGAGGUUCUGGGUCCAGAAGGUACGAGAUAGAGCUUCUCAAGCUAGAAAAUGUCAAGAAACAGUGAAAAGAUUUCUCUCCCCUUCCUGGGAAUCACUACUACUACUCGAGUCGCUCUAUUCCAUCAACAAACAGGCUGUUCUACAUCGUGGUUUUGAUCCUUUACGCGCUUUCCGGUCUGGUGCUGCGACAGGCGCACCUGAAGGAGAUGGCGGGUAUUGCGCUGGUCGAGGCGGACUCGGACGCAGACACCGACGAGCCGGUUCGGGGGGCGGCGCCCUGGAACUUCCGUGUCAAGGACGAAAAGCCGUCACCGCCGCCGAGCACGCUGCCCUCCGCCCGCGACUUACCACCGGCGGAGCUCGGCGACAUCGACAACGCGGACGAGGCCGGAGUUGGUGUUCCGCUCACUGGUACUACGUCAAGUGCGAGAGCGCGGCAACAACAAAUCGCUGCAACGGGAGAGGGCGAGGCGGCUGGAGAUGGGGUCGUGAUGGAAGAAGAGGGCGACGAAGCUCUGUACAAGGCGCAGCCGCCGCAGUACGGCCGCGCCGGCCAGGAGCCGGCAGUUACCUUCACCCGCGGGCUGGCCGCCGACGCCGUCGCGCCGCCCGACAGGAGCAUCGAGACCGUCGUGUCGCAAGACAAAUACACGGGCGCGGGGAUCGACAAAACGGUGGAGACGAUUGUCUCCCAGAAAUCCGAGUUGAAUGUGGUCACCACCCAAGCCAUGCGGACCGCGGGCGCGCUGCCCACCGCAGCAGGGCCAGGAGGCGAUCCCGAUGCGAUGGGGGGACAAAUUACGACAGGGCAGGCGGCGGAGGACCAAGCGCAAGCACCUUCGUCAGGCAAGCGGGACGAGCCCCCGUCUCUGCAGGAAUCGGUCGCGGCGCAGUCGUCUGCCGCGGUGUCCAGUCGCGGGCCACCGGAGAUCCCCGGCAUGGCUGUCGCACUGGAUACGUACACGACAAGCAAGCAACAGGAGCGCGCGGUAGUGGGAGCAGAGGGCGGCGUGACCGCUGAGCGAGGGAUACUAGUUGCUGGAGGUGGCGAUGCGCAAGCCGGAGUCGGAGCCGCAGGCGGAACCAGUACAGCGCGGCAAGUAGAAUCCCAACCCGCUGGCGCGAGUGGACCGGACGAGGUGCUGGCGGCGUCGACCGAAAAACCGGUGCUGGCAGAGGGUGAGGCCCGGGAGCUGCUAGCCUCCAGUCAAAUGCAAUCGUUGAUGGAAUCCCGCCAGAGUCUGACGCAGUAUAGGAUGUUUUCUUUUCUUUUCGUCUAGAACAUGAACAACAUACAAUUGGGCUGAGACUAGUAAUACUGUGAAGGAAGAAGGGUGACAUGACUGACACUCUUGCUACUCCCUUGCGACUUGGAAUUCAUUUCUGCAAAUUCCACAUGUCAUUUUAAAACGACAACCACGACACCAGCUCCUUGAUGGCUUCCUCGAUGUUGGGGCAGACCGUGUCAGAUGUGAAGAUCGAGUAUGAGGAGGAAUCGCACGAGGAGGUGCUGCCCACGAAGGACGCACUGGAUGCCGAGCGGCGCAAGGACGCCCUGGCGGUCCUGGGGCAGACCGUCGCCGACGCACAGGAGCACGUCGUGCAAGCCCGCGACGACCUGCACGACAAUCUGGUGCAGCCGAGCAUGUCCGCCCACGCCUACGGCAAGCAGAAGGAGGCGCUCGCCGUGCUGGGCGUGGCGGUGGAAGCAGCGCGCGAACAGCUGCUGCACGAAAAGGAGGUGACGGUGUACAGCAACGAAAUUCUGCAGAGCCAGGCAGCCGUGACGCUGGAACGGGAGCAAAACGCGCUCGCGGUGCUCCGCCAGGCCGUGGUCGACGCCCAGGCGCUGUUUGUCGGCAGCAAGGAUGAACUGUUUGACGACAGUGUCCGCUUGUCGCAGUACGCGAAGGACCUGCAGCGGCGCAAGGACGCGCGCGGAGCGGUGGCGCAGGCGAUGCGGGAUACCCGGGAGAUUUUUGUCCAGGAUAACGACCGGCUUCACAGUGACGAAGUGCUCCGCAGCAAGGGUGCGCUGGAAGAUCAGAGACAACAGGACGCACGGGACGCGUUGCGGGAUGCUAUCAAGGACGCGAAAGAGCUGUUUGUCCAGGGUCAGGAUGAGUUGCACAGCAAGGAGGUGGAACGCAGCCAGUCCGCGAUCGAGGCGCAGCGGGCCCAGGAUGCGCGGGAAGCGCUGCGGGACGCGAUAGCGGACGCGCAAGAGUUGUUCGUCCAGGACCAAGAUGCCUUGCACAGCCAGGAAGUGCAACGAUGCCGGUCCGCGAUUGAAGCGCAGAGAAAACAAGACGCGGCACAAGCGCUGCGGGACGCGAUCGUCGACGGGAGGGAGUUGUUCGUGCAACAUCAAGACGAGUUGCACAGCAAAGAAGUAACGCGGAGUCGCGCGGCGACGGCGGCGCAGCGGACGCAAGACGCAGAGCAGGCGUUGCGCGACGCACUUGUGGACGCGAAGGAGCUGUUUGUGCAAGAUCAGGACAGACUGCACAGCAAAGAGGUGUUGAGGAGCCAGUCCGCGAUCGAAGCACAACGAACGCAGGACGCGGGGCAAGCGUUAAGGGACGCGGUAACGGAUGCGUUGGAGCUGUUCGUUCAGCACCAAGACGUGCUGCACAGCAACGAGGUCUUGCGCAGCCGAUCCGCGAUUGAAGCCCAGCGACAGCAGGACGCGGCUGCGGCCCUGCGCGACGCGAUCGUUGACGGAAAAGAAUUGUUUUUGCAAGAUCAAGAUGAGCUGCACAGGAAAGAGGUGCUGCCGAGCCAAUCCGCGAUCGCAGCCCAGCGGAAGCAAGACGCAGAAAGCGCCCUCCGGGACGCAAUUGUGGAUGGGAAGGAGCUUUUUGUCCAAGAUCAAGACGAGUUGCACAGCAAGGAGGUGCUGCGGAGCCAAUCCGCGCUCGCGCGGCAGAGAAAACAGGACGCGGAAGACGCGCUCCGUGACGCGAUCAAGGAUGCGAAGGAGCUGUUUGUCCAGGACCAAGACGCCCUGCACAGCAACGAAGUCCACCGCAGCAAAGCCGCCAUUGAGCAGCAACGGAAACAGGACGCACAGGCCGCACUGAACGACACGAUUAACGAUGCGAAGGAAUUGUUUGUGCAAGACCAGGAUGCGCUGCACAGCAACGAAUUCGGCUUCAGCCAGGGCGCGAUCGCUGACCAGCGGAAGCGCGACGCGCUGCUGUUCCUGCAGCGGACGGUGAGCGAGGCGAAAGCGCAUUAUUUGCAGUUCCCGGAUGAGCUGUAUGACGACGAAGUGAGGCCAAAUGAGGCUGCGAAGGACGUGGAAAACCGGCGCAACGCGCUGAAAGCGCUCGAGCAAGCGGUGCAGGAAGCGAAAGACCACUAUCUUGUUGGGCACCCGAAUGAGAAGUUGUUUGACACCGAAGUUCUCCCGUCCGACUCGGCGGUCGACGUGGAGCGGCGGCAGAACGCGCUUGCGGCACUGAAGAACGCGGUGAAGACAGCGCAGGAGCUGUACCUGCAACAUGAAGAUUCGCUGUACGAGAAUGCAGUGUUGCCGACGAAGAAGCAACUACCGAUGGAGAAAGAAGAGCUGCUGAGGGAGAAGAAGCAAGAGCAGGAAAAGCAGAAAAAAGUCUUGGACUUCUUGAACACAGCCGUCACCGCGGUGCAGAGGGAGCUGGCGGAGGGGAACGCGGAAUACGGCAAAUCGCGAAGGCACCCGUUGGACUACAACACUUCUCUCAGCAACACGGAGGUGGAGCAAGAAUCCGAAUCGCAGGAAGAAGAUUUUGCGACGUCGUCGAAACCCGCAUCAAACAAGCAGAAAUUAUCGCAGAAGGCCCGUGCGUACCUCGACCAGAAUUUGGCGACGGCACAGCAAGAGCUAUUGUUGGGGCAAGAAGCGCAACAAGGGGGAAAACAAGUGGUGAAAGAAGAGAAGAAGUCGGCAAAAAAUAACGCAGCUGCAGCAACUGCAUCUUCGAGUCGUGAAGGAGCUCCUGGAGGAGGUCGUAGUCCCCCCACAAGGGACGGCGAGCACUUCAACGCGCCACCAUCGUCGAAAGAAUCAUCCGCGUCGUCAAAAUAUCAGGCCGCUCCGGACUUAACUAACUUCAAAGCAACUGAAGUUUCUGCUACUACUACUUUGUCGCAGAAGUCUGGGGCGGCGCCUUACGACGAUCACGAGACCACAGCGAAAGAUGAACUCAGGCCGCACUACUACACGAAGGGCAGGCACAAGAACCCUGAAAGUGACGGUGCGAGAGCUGGAGUGCCGAUGACCAAGGUGCCUCUGUUCAAGGGGCGCGACGGAGAAAUGAUUUCCAGUCCAUUGUAUUCUUCCGAUGACCCGGAUGCAAAUGGUAACCCCAUCCUUGCAGUGUACUCUUCCUCCUCGAAGUCUUCGUCGUCGAGCGGAGGCUCAGUGUCUCCCGGCGAGCCGCCAGAAGUGGUAAAGACGCAAGAGCCUCCAGGUGAAGGUGGUCCAGGAGAGCUACAGGAGUUUACUACUAGCAGUUCUGUCGAUGUGUCCCCCGACGACCAUCGAUCCCCGAUGUACGGAGUGGGAGCUACGGGAGGAACAAAUACAACUGGCGACUUUGUAUUGCGACCUGUCGCGCCCAAGUCGGUAGUCCGACCGCCACCUCCGCAACUCGGGUAUCAAUCACAAAACCAGCAGAACCGAACGCAGGUCCCCGCGUCGUCGCCAACAACACGAGCUAUUGCUGUAGACCUGGACACUCCCGUGGACGAGUUCAGUAUCACCCCGGAGGAUGACGGGACAAAGGCAAAGACCAAGACGGCGAGAAGCAACAUCGAGCAGGAGCCAUCAUCUCUACUCGGCCACCAGAAUGCUCAGGCCAAGCGGAAGCUAACGCCGAGGGCGGGAGUGUCAAAAAACAUCGCGUUUGCACAGCCAACCACAAGGGACGGUGAAGAACAACAAGGCGCAUCAACUUCUUCAGCGAGCCGAAGCGACCGCUCGUCUUCUUCCGCCUCGGCACAAGCGCAGCAGGAGCGAGCCGAACUCGUCACGCGAUCGGCCGCGGGUGCGGGACCCAAACCGGAGCUGAAGAAGAAAAAAGCAAAGAAAUAGGUGAAUGAAAAAUUCGGGCUCGAAUGCAAGUCGUAAUAAAUUGAAGUCUGACAUGACAAUAGUACGCCUACGCUUGCUUGGUCUUGGACCAUGCUUGUGCGAAGGCCGUUUCCAAGAAAUAUCAAAUUUGUUUGUUGAGAAUACAGAAUCUGUUGUUUGAUAGCUUCCUUACUCAAAGUUUUGAUUUUUAGCAAAUUAUUCACAGGAGCGACUAGAUUUGGUUUUUGGAAAAAUCCAAGUCAGAAUGCUCCUCCCUUCUGUCUUUUUAGAAAAUAGGAACGCGACGUGCUGGAUGGCUCGUCCCUAAAAAAUAAACUGUUGCAAAGCAACGUGGUAAAAGCUCGCACCUAUUUGAGCGAAGUCCGUGGGCAUCUAUUUCGUAAAGUAGAAUAUCAAAAGCAAAAUGAACAUGAAGAAAUUCAAGUUGUCUUUUUACGUCGUCAAAUCAAUGAAAUGAAUACUGUAAUUAAAAAAACAAGCCAUGAAAUGACUAAUUGAAAUUGACCCAUUGAUACAUAGCUACAUACUCCAACUACUAAAGUAUCAAAACCAAUAGCGGAGUAUGCAAAGAAAGCAAUGAACACCGAGCAGCAAAGGUUUCUUCCACAACAUGGUCACCAAAAUGAUGCCUCAAGGGCAAGCUAUUCUGAGUAAAAAACAAAGACUAACAUUACCACAUGCUGAUUAACAUGAGGCCUCAAGCCACUUUGUGAGCCUGAGUCCAACUACUCGCGAUCAUCAAUGAGCAUCUAGCUUGAAUAGCAAUGAGAGAGGUGCAACGAACCAAUGAAUCUCACUUUUUUUGUUUUUGAUGUCCAUUUUUCAUGAUGUUGGAAAAAUUUGAAU